AUGACAGGACUUGGUGUACCAGGUGUAUUUAAACUAGUUAUGGGGAAAUGGUUUUCUCGAAUAACGUAUACAGGUGUUUACUUGGGAGUAUUUGAGAAAUUAUCUACGACGGAACCAAAACUGGCUGAGGAGGUGUCCCGUGAAAUUAAGGUACAUACAGAUACACUUUAUAGGCUCCUUCGGGCACUAUCAUUAAUAGGCUUAGUAGAAGAAAAUGAAGAAUAUAAGUUUCUAUUAAAUGAAGACGGUUCAAUUUUACGCAAAGAUCACCCAAUGUCGUUAAGAGGACUCUUUUUAUUCGAGGAAAGUUUAGAGCAUCUUGUUUGUUGGAAACAUCUACCAGACUUUGUUAAGGAAGGUCCCAAAAAAACUGCUUUUGAGAUUGAAUUUGGAAAACCAAUUUUUGAUUAUAUGGAUGAAAAUCCAAAAUAUGCCACCAUUUUUGGAAAUGCAAUGGAUUCUAUUUCUUACAAGGAAAUUGAGGGUAUUGUCAACGUUUUGAAAGAAGGAAAUUAUUUAGACAAGAGUGGUGUUAUUUGUGACAUUGGGGGCAGUAGCGGAUAUUUUCUCGAUGUGGUUUUAAAUUCGGUAGGCAAGCCUGGUGUUAAAGGGAUUGUUAGCGAUACUGCAACGGUCAUUAAUGAUGUCAAAUCGAAUGGCAAAGAUGCCGCAUUGCUGAAAAAUCUUUCUUUUGCAGAGGUUGACAUGUUCAAGAAGGCUGUCCCUGCAGAUGUCUAUUUUGUAAAGCAUAUUCUUCAUGACUGGCCAGAUGAUAAGUGCAUAGAAAUUUUAAGACUGGCUAAGGCAGUCGCAAAUCCUGGUGCUAAAUUCAUUGCUUGUGAAGCUGUAAUCCUGGAGCCAAAUGUUCCGAGCCUUUCCAAAGUAUUGGAUAUCCAAAUGAUGCUCAUGUGUUGCGGUCGCCAAAGAACAGAAUCUGAAUUCAAGAAGCUAUAUGAAGCUGCUGGAUGGAAACUUGAAGCCGUUAAACCCUGUGGAGAUGAUUUUAUUUCUUUAGUAAUAGGCACUAUUUGA